UGGUUAUUAACCGUCGAUCGAUCUUAUAAUAAAAUAAGAUAGAUAGGAAAGAGAAAAAUACUUUAUAUAAGCACUCAAUUACGAGUUCCUUUCCAACAUAUCUCACACACACACACAAAUAAUAAACAAACAAGAUGUUGGCCAAAGCUUGCCAUCAUCUCCUCCCAAUAAAACUCCCCGCCACCACAUCACCGCCCAAGCUACCGCCGCCAACGACGUACAACCCCUCACAACACACCACCAUCUCCCGCGCCAUAUCGAUAACCGCCCCGGCCCCGGCCCCCCGAAAAACGGUACAAGACACCAAUGCGCCGCAAGACGACGCCGUCACGGCUUUCUGGGACUACCAAUUCCUCUUCGUCUCCCAACGCGCGGAAACCGCCGAACCAAUCCCCAUCCGCCUCGUCGACGGCGCGCUUCCGUCGGACUUCCCCUCCGGCACCUACUACCUCACCGGACCCGGCCUAUUCUCCGACGACCACGGCUCCACCGUCCACCCACUCGACGGCCACGGAUACCUCCGCUCCUUCAAGAUCGACGGCUCCUCCGGGAAGGUGGAGUUCAUGGCGAGGUACAUAGAGACGGAGGCGCAGGCGGAGGAGCGGGACCCCGCCACCGGCGAGUGGCGGUUCACCCACCGCGGCCCGUUCUCCGUCCUGAAGGGCGGGAAGAUGGUGGGGAAUACUAAAGUGAUGAAGAACGUGGCGAACACGAGCGUCCUGCAGUGGGGCGGGAGGCUGUUCUGUUUGUGGGAAGGCGGCGAUCCGUACGAGAUUGAUGCUCGUACGUUGGGUACUCUCGGCAAGUUUAAUCUCGUCGGUGAUCGGAAUAUUCCGCCGCCGGCGGAGUAUGAUGACGGUCGUGGAAGAUUAUUCCAUGCUGAUUUCUUGAAAUUGGCAGCUAAUAUCUUGAAGCCAAUACUAUACGGAGUGUUCAAGAUGAGUCCUAAGAGGCUGUUGUCUCAUUACAAGAUUGAUGUUAAACGAAAUCGACUGUUGAUCAUGUCGUGCAAUGCCGAAGAUAUGUUACUCCCUCGCAGUAACUUCACAUUUUACGAAUUCGACUCCAACUUCAAGCUGCUACAAAGCCAAGAAUUCAGCAUCCCAGAUCACUUGAUGAUCCAUGAUUGGGCCUUUACGGAUUCACAAUACAUAUUGUUCGGAAACAGGAUCAAGCUAGAUGUUGCAGGUUCAAUGGCAGCAGUAUGUGGUCUAUCACCCAUGAUAUCAGCACUAUCCCUGAAUCCAAACAAACCCACUUCUCCAAUCUAUUUACUUCCAAGAUUCCCAAACGCGCAACCAAACAGGUUUAGGGAUUGGAGAAUCCCAAUUGAAGCCCCUUCACAAAUGUGGGUACUUCACGUGGGAAAUGCUUUUGAAGAGAGAGAAGAUGAUAAUGGCAAUCUUCAUAUUCAAAUCCAAGCUAGUGGCUGCUCCUAUCACUGGUUCAAUUUCCAGAAAAUGCAGGUGAACAUAAGUUUGGAUUCUAAUGGAAACUGCCAAAAAUGUGGAGUAAAAGAUUUGAACCAAUGGAACAAACCUUCAGAUUUUCCGGUCAUCAAUCAAGAAUAUUCCGGCACCGAAAACACAUACAUUUACGCCGCGACUUCGUCCGGUUCACGCAGAGCACUGCCACAUUUCCCGUUUGACACGGUGGUGAAACUAAACACCGCCGACAAAUCCACACAAACUUGGUCCACCGGCAAACGGAGAUUCAUCGGAGAGCCAAUUUUCAUCUCUAAAGGCACUAAAGGGGAAGAUGACGGUUAUCUCCUCGUAGUGGAAUAUGCCGUGUCAACGCAGAGGUGUUAUCUCGUGGUUUUGGAUUCGAAAUCGAUCGGAAAGAAGAAUAGUGUAGUGGCAAGAUUUGAAGUACCUAGGCAUUUGAAUUUCCCUCUUGGAUUUCAUGGAUUUUGGGCUCCGGAUAAAGUGUGCAAUUCUUCUGUAAUUACUAGCCAAGUUUCAAGGCCUAAUCACGCGUUUGCUUUCUCUUCUGCAAGUGAUAGAUUAUAAGCCGGAUUAUAUAUUAUUGAUAUCUUUAGGACAUAAUAUUUAGCAAUAAUUUUGAUUUCAUAGUAUCAAGGGGUAUACACGUGUCACACCUUAAAGGUAUUUAUGUAAAUACUAGUUUUCUU